GAUCAGCCUCGCAAUGCAGAGGCAGAGCCUGUUGCUCGUCCUCCUCCCCGCAGUAGCUGCGGCGGCAGUUCCGACGACCAUGCCAGGGCUCAUGCGCCUGAAGGGGGGUUCUUCAAUGCCCACCUGGAGUGACAAUCCUGCUGUCAUUAAGCUGCGGGAGAUCGCCAAAAACCCCUAUGACCUCAGCGCCAAGGACGCGAUCUCUCCAGCACGUAUCAACAUGAUGCAAGCAUCAGCAUGCGGUCUCAAGCUCCUGUAUGGCACGGAGAGGGUGGACGAGGCGACUAUCGAUGCCCUGGCCAACUUGGCGAAGGAGCGAGAUGUCUUUGGCAAGAUGAAGGCCAUGAUGGACGGUGAAGUGAUCAACAAGAUUGAGAGCUAUGAGAGUGAGAACCGCAAGGUUCUGCACACUGCCAUGCGCGACGUCUUCGACAAGCGCAAUGAGGCGCCAGCAGCUAAGGAGGCUUCCGACCUUGAGAUGGCUGAGCUUUCUAAGCUCAAGGACUGGUGCAACAAGCUUGACAAGGAGAAGACCUUCACAGAUCUUGUCCUCAUCGGCAUCGGAGGGUCGGAUCUUGGUCCACGUGCCCUCUAUCUUGCCCUCCAGGGCUACAAAAAGGACAACAGGAGGGUGCACUUCGUCUCCAACGUUGACCCCGACGAUGCUGCCAUGGUGCUCAAGGGUAUCCCCGACCUCUCCAAGACCCUCGUCCUCGUCUGCUCCAAGUCUGGCGGCACCUUGGAGACUUUGACCAACGAGCAGCUCGUGAGAGAUUUCUUUGUAAAGAAGGGCCUCGACCCAAAGAAGCACUUCGCAUGCGUGACAGGCAAGGGAAGCCCCAUGGACAACCCUGCGGAGUACCUCAUCUCCUUCUACAUGUUUGACUACAUCGGAGGAAGGUACAGCGCCACCUCCAUGGUCGGCGGGCCCAUGCUCGCCUUCGGCUUGGGAUAUCAGAACUACGAGAUGAUCCUCAAGGGAGCGCACGACAUGGACAGGAACGCGAUCUCUGAGAAGGACGUCCGCAAGAACCUUCCCCUCCUCCUCGCCCUCCUCGGCGUGUGGAACCGCAACUUCCUCGGCCACCAGACCCUCGCCGUCCUCCCCUACUCUCAGGCUCUUGUCCGCUUCACCGCCCACUUGCAACAGCUGGACAUGGAGUCCAACGGAAAGCACAUCGAUCGGGAGGGAAGGUUCGUCGAUUACGCUACUGGCCCGAUCAUCUGGGGAGAACCAGGAACGAACGGACAGCACUCGUUCUAUCAGCUCAUCCACCAAGGGACAGAUGUUGUGCCCUGCGAGUUCGUCGGCUUCACCAACUCUCAGUUCGGAAUGGACCUCGAUGUCAAGGGAACGACCAGUCAGCAGAAGCUCAACUCCAACCUCCUUGCUCAGUCUCUUGCCAUGGCGCAGGGUCACAUUACCAGCAACCCCAACAAGUGCUUCGACGGCAACAGGCCUAACUGCAUCAUCUUGGGCAAGAAGUUGGAUCCCUACACCCUCGGAGCUCUGCUCUCCCUCUACGAACACAAGGUUGCCUUCCAGGGAUUCCUCUGGGACAUCAACUCGUUCGACCAGGAGGGAGUUCAGCUGGGCAAGGUUCUUGCCAAUCAGUUUCUCGAUAUCUACCAGAAGGUCAACAAGGGCGAAUCUGUCCCAGCAACAGACAACCUCAGCGCGCUCGUGCAGCAGAUGCCGUGAAGUCAACCAUGAGGCAGGCGAUGGAACAGUAAAUGUGUCAACUACUCUGA